AUGAUAACUUUGCAGAGUUUCGUUGAUAGUUCCAUUCAAAGAUUGGUAAUUGAAUUACGUGUUGGCUUUAUUGGAUCAAAAGAAGCAACACCUCAAGGAUUCAUAAGAUUAUUAAUUAUGAGAUUAAUUUAUGGAAUUGCUACACAAAUGGGUGUCGAAGAUCGAAUAUCUGGUUUAUUUAAUGGAGCUUUUGUACCACCAAAUGCUGAUGAUGACGAUUUUAGUUUUGAUUUCGGUUUAAGUGAUAAUAGCGGAGGUGGCUUAUUUGGUGGCGGUGGCAUAGAGGAUUUAUUUGAUUUUUAAAUGUUAUUGUUUUUUUCUAAUAAAAUGCGACAAAAACAAGAAUGUAUUUAAAUAAAAAUUGUAAUAAAAAAUAUUUGAAUUGAAAAUAAUAUUGCUAAAUGAACUCUU